AGGUUGUUGGAGCAUUUUCCCACAAUGUAAAGUUGUCUCCGUGUGACCUAUAGGUCACGGGUUCGAGCCAUGGAAGCAACCACUAAUUCUUGCAUUAAGGUAGACUGUCUACAUCAUACUCCUUAGGGUGCGGCCCUUCCCCGGCCCCUGCUAACGCGGGAUGCUUCAUGCACUGGGCUGCCCUUUUCCCCUUUUCCCCCAAGCUUUUGUAUCGUUAUAUCGACAAACACCAGGAUAGGGUGAGGAGAAACCUUAAUGAAGGGUAAAUACUGGAACUAAUCUUUAGAUAGAUUGCUGAUUGUUGCUUUCAUCUUUCAAGUGUGCAUAUGUGUUUGCUUUUCCUCAUAAUUAGUAACUUGGCGUAAAUUUCACCUGGAAGUUUGGAACACUGAAAGAUGUAUUCUCAUUGACAGAAUUUGAGUUGAUGGAAUUGCUUGAUGUGGAUUUAGCUGUAGUAACAUCAGCGGUAGCACACAUCAGUGAAUUUACAUGCCCUCCAUACCAAACUGCACUGUCAUUGCUGGAACAGCGUCGACAAAAUGAAAACAUGGCUGGCCAUCUUCCAACUUGUCUAAAAGGUCUGGACAAUGCUCUAUGUGGUGGAAUUCCUUUUGGCAUUGUGACAGAGCUAGUGGGUCCAGCAGGCAUUGGUAAAACUCAGUUCUGCUUGAAGCUUUCCUUGUUAGCUUCUCUUCCUUCUAGUUAUGGUGGCUUAGAUGGUUCUGUAAUUUAUAUUGAUACAGAAUCCAAAUUUAGCUCAAAGAGGAUGAUAGAAAUAGGAUAUAAUAGCUUCCCGGAAGUAUUCCACACCGAAGGGAUGGCACAGGAGAUGGCUGGAAGGAUCCUAGUUCUAAGGCCAACAUCACUUUCUGAAUUUACUGAUAGCUUGCAGAAAAUCAAAGUUUCACUGUUUCUACACAAUGUGAAAUUGCUGAUCAUUGACAGCAUGGCUGCUCUUCUUUCAGGCGAAGUUGUGCAAGGGCCUCAGAGGCAACACUCCUUGGGUUGGCAUAUAUCAUUUAUUAAAUCAGUUGCAGAAUUUUCACGAAUUCCAGUAGUAGUGACCAACCAAGUGAGAUCUCAAAGUCGCGAUGAAACUUCCCACUAUUCUUUCCAAGAAAAGAGCAUGGUCGAUAGUCCAGAAGCUGCCCCAAAACUUGAUUCUCAUCUUGUUGCUGCUUUAGGGAUCCACUGGGCUCAUGCUGUUAGUAUUCGUCUUGUAUUUGAAUCAAGAUCAGGUCAAAGGUUUAUAAAGUUAGCCAAAUCUCCACUAUCUCCGCCUCUUGCGUUCCCUUUCAACAUUAUUUCUUCUGGGAUUUCAUUGCUUAAUGAUGAUGGAGUGGAAAUGCAAGGGCCAGACAUACACGCAAUAAGUUGUCAAGGUCACAACGAUGUUAUUAAUUUCGGUACUGAAAUGAUGCAUUGAGCUCCAGAAGCAAUGCUACCUUGUCCAAUGUAUAGCCCUAUAGGCCUCAGUCGCCGUUGGCCCCAUCCUACUUGUUGGUUGUCGCUGCUUUGCUGAAGAAUCAUCGGAGCCUCUCUUUCAUAGCUUUUUCAUUUCAUCGUUGUCCCUAUCCCACCCAUCGACUCUGUCCCCUUCUCUUCUCUUCAUCGGAGUUUUCUUUUUUGCCGGAUUUCAUCUCUGAUCUCUCCAUGUACAUUUGUAUAUCAUUGUGUAUCGUUGGAUGCUAUG